GGUCAGGGGAGCCACUUCGAGAGAGAAGUCUGCUUUUACGCGGACGAUGGAGUACUCCUCGUGGCCGCAAAAACUAGGGCAGGCCUGGUGAAGGCGAUGAACACGAUGGCGGACCGCCUGAGGACAGAGCUGGCCAGCCUGGGGCUAACUCUCGACCCCGAGAAAACGAAGUGCCUGGUCUUCGACGCGUCCCUAGUCGGGAAGCAGGUGGCGGGGCGGGAACAGCGGCGGCACGAAUUCCUUCGAGAGGGCCGAGGCAAGACCGGGCCGCAGGUCCUCGACUUGCCGUGGGAAGCAGCCCCCCUCCCGGGGCUGCCCUUUCCGCAAGUAUCCCACCACCGCGUCCUGGGUGUUGAGGUGGACCACCUCUUCCACUUCGGCCGGCACGUCUCGAACACCAUCGAGAAAAUCCGCCGUCGCCUCCCGAUCCUGAAAAGGCUCUCGAACUACGAAUGGGGGUUGGAACCAUAUGUCUUUGCACAGACGGCCCGGGCAUUGAUCACACAGACGGCUACUUGGGGGGUUGCCAGUUGGGGAUCGUACUGCCCGACCGCGGUCAUGAGGCGCAUGAACACGGACGGCCUAAACCCGGCACAGAGACUGGUGGUGGCCAAUACCAAGCUGAUGCGACUGGAAAGCCUCCGCAUCCUCUCCCAGUCAACAAGCAUACAGAACGCGUACGUGCGG